AUGGAUCAAAAAGAUACUUACAACACCAACCAAGAAGAACUUGAAGAAGCUCUCUCCCUUUGUGACCUUCCACUUGAAAACCAAGUCCUUGAUCCAUUUGAUCACCACCCACCGACCUCUCCUUCUCAUGAACUCUUUGAGUUUCCCUUCACUCUAAACACUUUCUCAAACAAUAAAGACGACAUCGUUUUCUGUGGCAAACUCAUCAAAGAACAAGACUUUGAUGAUCUUGAUGAUCAAAGUAGGUAUCUUUUCCCUUUAUCUUCGGCCAGACUCUUGAACAGCGACAAGAAAGAUUUGGGUUCUCUUUGUUUAGCGAAGUCAAAGCCGAAUUCAGCUUUAUCGACUAAAUUUUUCAAGUCUCAAAGCUGUUCUUCUUCUUCUUCUUCAAGAAAACACAAGGUUUUAAUAGGGUUAGCAAAGAUACCACCAAAGAUGGAGCUAAGCGACAUAAAGAAAAGACAAAGCAGAAGAAACCCAUCACCCAUGUUUCCUCCAGUGGCCGCCGGUGAUCUGGAGGUAGUGGCCGCUGGUGACGGUUGCGGUGGUCGCCGGAGAGGACAUCACUGGGGUCUGGUGAGGCCUUUGAGGUGUAGAGCUAAUCUUGCUACUGCAUUGGCCAAGGCGUCCUUGGGAUGUAUUCCACAUGUGUGA